CUCCUUCUUUUGGGUUUAUUGGUUAGUUUUUCUACUUUGUUUACAAGGUGUUAAUUAGGCGCCCAAAGCUCACAAUAAGGGCCUCAACUGCAAAGCCAUAACCCCAGGACCUAAAUUUAGCUCUGUUCUGUUUCUCCUCACCUGUUUUUAAUCAUCCCCAUUUCUUACAUUCUGCCAAAGUGCCUCUGUUUUUUCCUCCCUGUUUAUUGUUUCAUAUCAAAUUUUUGGAGAUGAAGUUGAGGUCAGGUUCAAUCCUCUUCUUCAUCUUCUUGCUCUCUGCCAUCCAUGGCCUUGCGUUUGCUCAUGCAGAUCAUGAUGAGGAAGAUGGUGACAAUGGUGAUGAGAUGAGGCUGGAGAUGAUACACAGGUACUCUCCACAUGCCAAAGACCAUGGUGUGCAUGGAGAGAUACCUCCAACCCAGCAAGCGCUCAUCCAGGAGCUACACCGCCACGAUGUCUUUAGACUUCAAAUGAUGGCCCAAAAGAGGCAACAAAACGGCCAUGAUCAAGGCCUCAACAGCAGCAGCAGCAGCAACAGCACAAGGCGAAUGGAUAUGCAAACAAGACUCUCAGCGACAAUGCCGAUGAAUGCCGGUUGGGAUUAUGGUAUCGGGCAGUACCUGGUGAAGCUCAAAUUAGGAACACCUGCCCAGAAAUUCACGGUGAUUCCAAGUACAGGCAGUGACUUGACAUGGGUGAGAUGCGGAAGCCAUUGCGGUAAGAGUUGUGGCAUACGCAAACGCAGGAUAGACCACAAUAGGGUGUUCAAUACAGAUCGCUCUUCUACAUUCAAAUCCGUUACAUGUUCUUCUAAGAUGUGCGAGUUUGAUCUUGCCAACUUUAACUCUCUCAAUAAAUGCCCUCGCCCUUUAAGCCCUUGCAGAUAUGAUUACAGCUACGUGGAAGGAUCUUCUGCAUUGGGAACCUUUGGCACCGAUAUUAUAAGAGCAUCCCUGUCAAAUGGUAGGAGAAACAGAAUGAAAGAUGUGCUAAUUGGUUGCACGGAAUCCAUCAUAGGCAAAGGAACCGUCAAAGGAAGUGAUGGCAUAUUAGGGUUGGGAUUUGGCAAGUACUCAUUCACAACAAAAGCAGCUCUAGAGUAUGGUGGCAAGGUAUCUUAUUGCCUGCUUGAUCACAUGAGCCCCAAGAAUGUCACAAGUUAUCUCACAUUUGGAGCCAACAAGAAAGCUGUAUUGCAGGGCAAAAUGACCUACACACAGCUGGUUUUUGGUAACCCUAAUAAGGGUUCGUUUUACGGCGUAAAACUACAGGGGAUCUCCGUUGGAGGCAAAAUGUUAAAUAUACCACUCCACGUAUGGAACCCAAAACUUGGUGGUGGUACCCUUAUUGAUUCGGGCAUGAGCCUAACAUUUCUGACCAAGCCAGCAUACAAGCCUGUCAUGACUGCCUUGACAAUGCCUUUGACAAAGUUCAGAAGAUUGCCAUCAGGAGAAGACGAUUUUGACUUCUGCUUCAACCCCAGAGGAUAUAGAGACCGUUUGGUCCCAAAGUUGGUGUUUCAUUUUGCAGGUGGAGCAAAGUUUGCGCCACCAGUGAAGAGCUAUGUUAUUGAUGUAUCGCCUGGGAUGAAGUGUAUUGGAAUUCUCCCAGCUGCUGAGGGCGCCUGUAUUAUUGGCAACAUAAUUCAGCAAAACCAUUUGUGGGAAUUCAAUUUGGUGCGGAAAACCUUGGGUUUUGCUCCUUCAACCUGCACCUAGUUCUUGUUUUUUUUUUUCUUCUUUUUUUUGCUUUUUUGCUUUUUCGAAAUGGGAAUUGGAAUUCAUGUUCUUGUAAUUCUUUCCUCCCUCUUUCUUCUCAUAUAUAGUUGUGAAAUUCAUUGCAAUUCUUCUUGUUACAUCUUGUAAUUGAUCAUAAAUCAUAAUUUUCAUUUUUUUUUA